UGCCUGAUCACAAUUGCCUCCUCUCCUUGGCUGUCAGGUGCUGAGCGAAGUGACAGUUGAGCACAUUUAGCCCCUUGCUGAAGUGUCCAUUUCAAUCGCCACAAUGUUCGAGGAAGCAAGUGAGGUGUUCGAUAAUAUGUUCAAAUCUUCCUUCCCCCUGACGUUUAUCGUGUUUAUCCCGGCGGUGUUGAUUUUGGUGUCCCCGCUGCCCGCCGAGGCGGCGCAUGAGUUCACGGUGUACCGAAUGCAGCAGUACGACCUCCAGGGACAGCCGUACGGUACCAGGAACUCCAUCCUGAACACGGAGGCUCGCACCAUGGAGGCAGACGUCCUAAGUCGCCGCUGUGUUCUUAUGCGGUUGGCAGACUUCUCCUUUGACAAGUAUCAGAAAGCUCUACGGCAGUCAGCGGGGGCCGUGGUCAUCAUGCUACCCAAGAACAUGUCUGCCAUGCCGCAGGAUGUGCUGCAGCAGUUCAUGGAGCUGGAGCCAGACAUGUUGACCACUGAGACCAUCGUCCCUGUGUACUUUGCUAUAGAGGAUGACGAGCUGCUGUCCAUCUACACACAAACCCUCACCUCCUCGUCCUCUCAGGGCUCCCUGUCUGCAGCAGAAGUGCUGCUGCAUACAGCCACGGCUAAUGGUUUUCAAAUGGUGACCAGUGGAGCCCAGAGCAAAGCCAUAAGUGACUGGGCCAUCACCAGCCUGGAGGGUCGCCUCACUGGAGUUGGAGGAGAGGACCUCCCGACUAUCGUUCUAGUGGCUCAUUAUGACUCCUUUGGUGUCGCUCCAUGGCUGUCGUACGGCGCCGACUCGAACGGCAGCGGAGUGUCCAUGCUGCUGGAACUGGCUCGGCUCUUCUCUAAACUCUACACCUACAAGAGGACGCAUGCUGCAUACAACUUGCUGUUCUUUGUGUCUGGUGGUGGAAAGUUUAACUACCAAGGCACCAAACGUUGGCUGGAAGACAAUCUGGACCACACAGAUUCCAGUCUUUUGCAGGACAACGUAGCCUUCGUGAUGUGUUUGGACACCGUGGGAAACGGGGACUCUCUGCACCUUCAUGUCUCCAAGCCUCCAAAGGAGGGAACUCCUCAGUCUUCUCUGCUGAAAGAGCUGGAGAUGGUCAUAAGUAGUCAGUACCCAGAGGUCAAGUUUUCCAUGGUCCACAAGAAAAUCAACCUAGCUGAUGACAUGCUGGCCUGGGAGCACGAGCGCUUCGGGAUCCGCCGGCUUCCCGCCUUCACCCUGUCUCAUCUCCCCUCGCACCGCUCGGUGCAGCGCUCCAGCAUCAUGGACGUGCGGUCAGUGUCCUUCUCUCGCCACGGAGCGGGAGAGCCCCCUUCUGGGCCUCAUGUGGACGUGAAGAGACUCUGCAGGAACACCAAGGUGGUGGCAGAAGCUUUGGCUCGAGUCAUCUACAACCUCACAGAGAAGCAGGGGGCUCCUGGAGAUCUGCAGAUUUUCACUGAACAAAUGCAGGUGCAGGAGGAGCAGCUGGCGGCGGUGGUGGAGUGGCUGACGGCGCAGCCCCGCGCCGCUCAGCUGGUGGACAAAGACAGCAGCGUGGUCUCCACCUUGGAGUAUCAUCUGGGACGCCAUCUCAAGGAUGUGAAGAGACAUUAUGUCAAAGCCGACAAAAGAGAUCCAGAGUUCGUGUUUUACGACCAGCUGAAACAGACCAUGAAUGCUUACAGAGUGAAGCCGGCUAUCUUUGACCUGCUGCUGGCGGUCUGCAUCGCCGCCUAUUUGGGGCUGAUGUACCUGGCUAUCCAGAACUUCGGGGUCCUGUAUGGGAUCGUCCGCAGACUCACCCAGCCCAAAGCAAAGGCCCACUAAGGAACCAGAACACUGUCUACCAUCACGAAAAGCUGAGGCUGGACCGGGCUGCUGAUUCUACGGCGGCCCGUCCCGCCGUGUGGACUUCAUGAACCAGAACCAUCCGCUCUCACUUCCUGUGUUUCUGUUGAUGCGGCAGCAGGGGGGGGGGUCAUUUUUUAUAGAAGUUUUUCAAACACAAACAAGCGUUUACAGAAAGCGACCUGCAGGGGGAACUGUGAAGACGUGCCGGGCGGAUUCUCCCACAUGCUGGUGGGAAAUCUCUGGUCUUCUUUUGGGGAAUCAUCGUCUGCUGUUUGUCCUUUUUCCUGCUACACUGGUCUGAUCCUCUGAUUCAGGCUCCAGAAGAUCCUUUUUCUUAUCCGAGUGUCCAGGUUGGUGUGCAAAGCCUCCUUUCCUGCCUGUCUUAAGUUCUUUUUGCAGUGAGAAUUUAAAAACGGUCGUGAAACGGCGUCGCCUUGACCUUUUCUAGGACAUGCGUGACCCCUGGACCACGUCGGCCGUGGUGACAGUACUUUUUUUAUGGUACACCUAAAUCCUUAUUUAUUGGAGGAGUUUGUGUCCUCUGGAGCCUGCCUCGCCUCUUCUGUGACUCUGCAAUGAAAUUAAUUUUGUCUGUCAUUUAAAACAAACAACCAACAAUAAAAAACCACCAUGAGAAACG